AGAAAAAAAGGCACCCUACCAUGCAACCACUCUAGUAAGUGAGUUUUUUAUUUUUUAUUUUUUUUUUAUAUAAAUAAACCCCCAGCCUUCUUGUUCAUCAUUAUACGCUUCAUACGUUUUUCAUCACAGCCCCAUUUUCGAGUGUCUCCAAGAUCGAUGGACAUCAAAAUGGUGUCCUCUCACUCCUCUGCACUUCUAUUCCCAAACCCCAUCAAACUCAUUUCUCAACAACAACCAAAGCCGAAACUGAAAACCUUCUUCUAUCAACACCCAAAUCCUAUCUCAAUUAAACUUCGAUGUAUGGCAGUUAAUUCCAAAUAUGUUCCUAGUCAAUCAUCCAUGGACACCAAGAUUGGAAAUGAAGUGAUAGAACUGUCCAAACUCGCAACAAGCUGUGACGUCUUUGUUGGCGCCCCACAAAACAGCAUCCCUUCCUCCUCCACUUCCCCGAUCAUGUUGUCCAAUGCCACAUUAGGUGGAUACCUAGCUCGGCGACUAGUCCAAAUCGGUGUUGCAGACGUGUUCUCUGUUCCCGGUGACUCUAACUUGAUCCUUCUAGAUCAUCUCAUCGCCGAACCUGGGCUAACGAAUAUUGGCUGCUGCAAUGAGCUCAACGCUGGCUACGCUGCUGAUGGCUACGCACGCUCCCGAGGCAUCGGCGCGUGUGUCGUUACUUUCACGGUCGGCGGACUCAGUUUGCUAAAUGCCGUAGCCGGGGCGUACAGUGAGAAUUUACCGGUGAUUUGUAUAGUUGGAGGACCAAAUUCCAAUGACUAUGGAGAGUCGACUAACAAUAUUCUUCACCAUACUAUUGGGUUACCUGAUUUCAGCCAAGAGCUUAGGUGUUUUCAGACCGUCACUUGCUAUCAGGCUGUCAUAAACAAUCUUGAACAUGCACGUCAAAGGAUCGAUACAGCAAUUUCAACAGCCCUGAGAGAAAGCAAGCCAGUUUAUAUCAGCAUAAGUUGUAACUUGGUUGGGAUUCCUCAUCCUAGUUUUAGCCGUGAGCUUUUUCCAAUUUCAUUGCCUCCAAGAUUAAGUAAUCGGAUGGCCUUAGACGCUGCAGUGGAGGCAGCAGCAGAGUUCCUGAACAAGGCAGUGAAACCAGUUAUGGUAGGUGGUCCCGAACUCCGAGUUGCAAAGGCUGGCGAUGCCUUUAUUGAACUGGCUGAAGCUUCUCGUUAUGCCAUGGCUGUUCUGCCAGCAGCAAAGGGGCUUGUGCCGGAGAAUUACCCCCAAUUUAUUGGUACAUACUGGGGUGUUGCUAGCAGCGCCUUUUGUUCUGAGAUAGUUGAGUCCGCAGAUGCAUACUUGUUUGCUGGACCAAUUUUUGACGACCUCACCACUGUCGGGAACUCACUUCCUCUUGAUAAAAGUAAAUCCAUCAUCGUGAAGCUCGACCGCGUUAUAAUAGCAAACAGGCAUGAAUUCGGGUCCGUUCUCAUGAAGGAUUUCCUAAAAGCUCUAGCAAAAAGGUUGAAGUGUAAUGGCACUUCCUAUGAGAACUAUAAUAGGAUUUUUGUUCCUGAGGGGAAACCUCUGAAGUGUGUUCCCAAUGAGCCUUUGAGGGUUAACGUUCUGUUCCAACACAUCCAGAAGAUGUUGUCGAGUCAAACAACAUUGGUUGCUGAAGCCGGGGAUUCCUGGUGGAAUUGCGUGAAACUGAAAUUGCCGCCAGGUUGCCAGUGUGAGUUCCAGGUGUUAUAUGCAUCGAUUGGUUGGUCAGUUGGAGCCACUCUUGGUUAUGCUCAGGCCUCAUCACCUACCAAGCGAGUGAUCGCUUUCGUUGGUGAUGGGAGCUUCCAGAUGACUGCCCAAGACGUGUCGACCAUGCUGCGAAAUGGGCAGAGGAACAUCAUUUUUCUGAUGAACAAUGGUGGAUACACCGUGGAAGUGGAGAUUCAUGAUGGACCUUACAAUGUGAUCAAGAACUGGAACUACACUGGAUUAGUUGAUGCCAUCCACAAUAAGGAGGGCAAGUGCUGGACAGCCAAGGUGCGGUGUGAAGAGGAAUUGGUUGAAGCGAUAGAGACAGCAACUGGAGCCAAGAAGGAUUGUUUGUGCUUCAUUGAGGUGAUUCUUCACAAGGACGAUACUAGCAAAGAGCUGCUUGCAUGCGGGACUAGAUUUGCUGCUGCCAAUGGCCGCCCACCUAGAUAGCCCUUAUCAGAGCUGUCAAUUUCGACACGACUCGAAACCCGCAAGAAAUAAAGCGGGUUGAACCCGCACGAUUAAAAAGCGGGUCAACCCGUCAUGAUCCAUUUAAUAAACGGGUCGGCCACGGAUCACUCGCCAACACGAAGUG